AUGCUUGGCGGGAGCUACAUCCGCUUUUCAGUUAACGAAUUCAUGAAAAUUCACUGGUUUCUUCCACCUGCAGUGAUAUGCAUCAUCAUUGUGAUCUGUCUAGCAUGUUGCUACUGCAAGCCCUCAAAAGAAACUGAUACUGAUACUUCAGAAGAGGAUAGCACCGCAGGACCAACACCAGUGAUGCCACAGAUUUCAGGUGCACAUGUGCCCUUCCAGCAGACAGAGAUAAAGACAAAAUCUGAUGUUAUCGCAGAAUCCGAGCUGAACUCAAAAUCUCAGGAGAGUUCAAGCAGUACUGAAGAGACGAGCAUUUCACAGCCCUCCAAUAGAGACGAAAAUCACAAGGUGCAAGUAGAGAUACUCAAAGUAGAGUCUUCUGAUUCUUCUCAAUCUGAGAUCAGCUCAAAGUCUCAAGAGAGCUUACAAAACCCUGAAGAAAGUUUAUUGGACGUUAAAGAAAUAUGGAGAGCACGUGGAAAAGGAACUGUUCAGGAAGAUAUGCUCCAGAGGGAGUCUGCAAAAUCUUACAACAUCGCGAUCAACUCAAGGUCUGGUGGCAACUCAAAUAACAUUGGAAGGAAGUCAGUGAAAUCAGCCAUUCAACUGACUUCAGCAAGACAUAUUAAACGAGUUGGUCAGCAAAUGAUGAGCGAAAGAGAGUCUUCAGAUUCGUCGGAAUCACAGACCAGCUCAACCGCUCAUGACGGGUCAAACAGUGUCGAAAGAAGGACCGCGCUAUUACAUGAAGAACCGAUUUUAGAAAGACAUGGAAACCAAAAUUGGCAGCCGGCGCUAGUCAAAAAGAAAGCAUCAGAUUCAUUGGGUUCAGAGACAAUUUUAGCAUUUGAUGACAGCUCACGCACCGUAGAAAAGGAGUCAGUGAAUUCAGUCACUGAAAUGUCUCCAGACAGAUAUGAACGCCAGAUUGGCCUGCAAGAGAUAAUCGAAUCCAAGUCCUCAGAUUCAUCCUUAUCGAGCACCAACUCAAUCUCUCGUGACAAGUCAACGAAGCCAGCCGUAGAGCUGACUUUAGGAAGACACAAAAAAUCGAUUAAUCACCUUAUGGUGGGCAAGGCAAAGAGUUCGAAUUCAUCAGAAUCAAAGACUAGCUCAACGUCUGACGACAGCGCAGGAAGAGUUAACGAGAAGACCAUGAUAUUCGUUGCAGAACCGUUUUCGGAAAAAGGUGGAAAGCGGCACGUUGCGACAGAGUCUUCGGGCUUUUCUGAAUCGGAGAUCAGCGAUGCUACCUCACAAUAA